AUAUUAACAAUUCUAUACGGCAUUUUAUUAUCAGAAACAAGUCUACUGUACUUUGCUCUCAUCUUUUCGAAAAUGAAAUUUGCGUUGAAACUGAUAUUUUCUUCACUCUGUCUUAGCUUCACUUUCCUUUGUAUCGUAACCGGAUUCCUGUUUUCUGCUUUUACAUCUACUAUGCAAACGUCCUUUCAAGAUAUCAGAAGAUUUGCUGGCUGCGAUCUCAAAUUGGAACAAAAAUUGAAGAUUCUAAACUUUAUGAAAAGAUUUGGUAAAGAAUCCCUGUGUUUGACAUUUAGAAAUUACUUUAACGUUACAAAAAAGUUUCCAAUAAAAAUGGGAAGUUCUUUACACUCCAUAUUUUCUGGUCUUUUGAAUUUAAAGAAUGUUUCGUAGAUAAAAUUUAACAAGCAUGUUAAAAAACCAUGGUGACAAACUCAUACAAAAAGACAUGGAAAACAUAGAACGUAUCCGAGUUUUAUUUUCUUCGAAUCAAUAGUCGAUAGAGAUGAAGAGGUAACUCCAGAAAUAAAGAAACUUACACUAGGACAAAGUGCGAUGCUAAGCAUAGAAAAAACUUUUAUGCGGCAAAAUUAUUCAGAUAGUAAUUAACGCAAACUUGUCCUGAGUAUUUUUUCCACAGUCACGUAAGCAGCAGUGGUUUGGAAAGCUUUGAUCACGAAAUUAAAAUUACAAAUAAUUUUAUAAAUUAAGAUUGCAAAUAAAAAUUUGUUAAAUGAAA